AUGUGGCAUUGCCAUAGCUCAGCUUAUGGGGGCACCAUAGUGGAGAUAGAACCGCUGCAAAAGUUUUGCAAAGUGGCUUCUGGUGGCCCACCCUUUUCAAGGAUUGCCAAGACUUUGUUCAAAGGUGUGAUAAAUGCCAAAGGACAGAUACUAGAAAAGACAGUUGCGUCAAAUAGGAAGGAUUGGUCUAAAAAAUUGGACGACGCAUUGUGGGCCUAUAUUUCAGCCUUUAAGACUCAUAUAGGGCUAUCACCCUAUCAGUUAGUCUAUGGUAAGGCCUGUCAUCUUCCAGUUGAGCUAGAACAUAAAGCAUAUUGGGUCAUCAAGGCCUUAAACUUUGAUCAAGUAGCCGCUGGUAAGAAAAGACUUUUGAAACUUAAUGAACUUGAAGAGACGAGGCUUAGAGCAUAUGAAAAUGCGCUCAUCUAUAAAGCCAGGACCAAAAUGUAUCGUGACAAAAACUUAGUAUCUAGGGAUAUUAACUAUGGGCAACUAGUUUUGUUGUAUAAUUCCAGGUUGAAGUUGUUUCCUGGAAAACUCAAGUCAAAGUGGUAUGGACCAUUCUUGGUCAAAAGUGUGUCACCUCAUAGAGCUGUUGAGUUGACGACACCUGAAGGUGACCGUAGUUUCAAAGUAAAUGGGCAUGGAGUUAAGCCAUAUCUAGGUGGUGACCUACCAAAGGCAAGGGUAGGACUUAUUAUGAAGGACCUCUAA